GCUAGAGUAUCCAACGACUACCAUUCCGAACCUAAUCAAUGGAAGAUCGGAGUGUCCUCCCAUUUUGCCCAUGCCAUGGGCAUAGCUCCAUCCAAGGAUACAUUCUGGACCACGUCACAACAGCCGGGCAAUAAAUACGGUAAAUCAGAACCUUACCCAACCCUACAAGUCGUGGUGGCCACCCUCAGCAGAGGACCGGUCGGACCAGGAGAUAGCAUAGGCGGAACCAAUCAAUCCAUUUUGAUGAGGUGCUGUGGCGAGUCUGGUUUGAUAUUAAAACCAUCGAAGCCGGCACGAGCAAUCGACGACCAGAUAACGGAGAUGGCCUUUGGCAACAACACUGGCGUGUCUGGUGAGGUUUGGACUACCUACUCCACCAACGGUGAUCUCCUGUAUGGAGUUAUCUUCGCUGCAGGCUUGACCAGAGAUUACGUCAUCAGCCCUCGGUCGGCCGGAUUCCUUUCAGUGUUUGCUCACAAUUUUACAGACAGUGUCAUCUACAGCAACGGAAACAAAACCCUCCUUAGCUUCACUGCGGGCACUAACUUCACUAUCAGUGCCAAUGAGUGCUACACAAACGGCGAGCCAUUUUGCCUGUUUUACACAGCACCAGUUCUUGUGUUUGGGUCUCGCCAGGUGGUGCUGCUAGGAGACAUGGAUAAAUGGGUGCCUAUGUCAGAGAACCGCGUUGUGCGAAUCUGGCAAAUUAGUUCUGGCAUAGCAGCUACGCUCCGUGGCAUGCCAGGGGAAAUGAUCAGUUUCUCAUAUGCUGUUGAAGGAGUGGUCUAUGAGAAUUCUCAGCAGGCUGAUCAAGUUGGGUGUGCAACUUUCUCUGUUAUUAGUUCG